UAAAAUCUUCCAUUUCCAUUUUCUUGCGCCCGACUGAACGAUAAUGCGAAAUUCAAUUUGUUGUAAAUUGUAAUCAUAAUAAUUUAUUUCGUCAUAGUCUAUGCUUCCAUGGUCGCCACGCCCCACUCUUCACACUUUCACAGUCAACAUUCAAUAAUCAAUAAGACAAUUUUGUACAAGUACAUUACCACUACACUAAUAGUCAUAAUACAUCAGUUCCACAGGCGAGUCAGAAGUAAGAAUUCUGUGAUUCUCUGUUCAAUUAGUGUUUAGUACAGUCAUCGCAAUUGCUGCUGAGGAUAUAGUCGUCAAAUCUGUUGUUAGGUUGUCUUGUCAUUAUUUUUGAUCUCCAGAGUUUCCAUAGUUAUUUACCAACUGUGAGCACAUAACAAACGUUAUCGAACCUAAAUUUUCAACACAUACUAAGUCUCAAGAUGCAAAUCUUUGUGAAAACUUUAACUGGCAAAACCAUCACUUUAGAAGUAGAAUCGUCAGACUCUAUUGAAAACGUGAAAGCCAAAAUUCAAGACAAAGAAGGAAUCCCACCAGACCAACAGCGAUUGAUUUUUGCCGGAAAACAAUUGGAAGAUGGCCGUACAUUAUCUGACUACAAUAUUCAGAAAGAAUCUACAUUACAUUUGGUACUUCGUCUUCGUGGUGGAAUGCAAAUCUUCGUGAAAACUUUAACUGGCAAAACCAUCACUUUAGAAGUAGAAUCGUCAGACUCUAUUGAAAACGUGAAAGCCAAAAUUCAAGACAAAGAAGGAAUCCCACCAGACCAACAGCGAUUGAUUUUUGCCGGAAAACAAUUGGAAGAUGGCCGUACAUUAUCUGACUACAAUAUUCAGAAAGAAUCUACAUUACAUUUGGUACUUCGUCUUCGUGGUGGAAUGCAAAUCUUCGUGAAAACUUUAACUGGCAAAACCAUCACUUUAGAAGUAGAAUCGUCAGACUCUAUUGAAAACGUGAAAGCCAAAAUUCAAGACAAAGAAGGAAUCCCACCAGACCAACAGCGAUUGAUUUUUGCCGGAAAACAAUUGGAAGAUGGCCGUACAUUAUCUGACUACAAUAUUCAGAAAGAAUCUACAUUACAUUUGGUACUUCGUCUUCGUGGUGGAAUGCAAAUCUUCGUGAAAACUUUAACUGGCAAAACCAUCACUUUAGAAGUAGAAUCUUCAGACUCUAUUGAAAACGUGAAAGCUAAAAUUCAAGAUAAAGAAGGAAUCCCACCAGACCAACAGCGAUUGAUUUUCGCCGGAAAACAAUUGGAAGAUGGCCGUACAUUAUCUGACUAUAAUAUUCAGAAAGAAUCUACAUUACAUUUGGUACUUCGUCUUCGUGGUGGAAUGCAAAUCUUCGUGAAAACUUUAACUGGCAAAACCAUCACUUUAGAAGUAGAAUCGUCAGACUCUAUUGAAAACGUGAAAGCCAAAAUUCAAGACAAAGAAGGAAUCCCACCAGACCAACAGCGAUUGAUUUUUGCCGGAAAACAAUUGGAAGAUGGCCGUACAUUAUCUGACUACAAUAUUCAGAAAGAAUCUACAUUACAUUUGGUACUUCGUCUUCGUGGUGGAAUGCAAAUCUUCGUGAAAACUUUAACUGGCAAAACCAUCACUUUAGAAGUAGAAUCGUCAGACUCUAUUGAAAACGUGAAAGCCAAAAUUCAAGACAAAGAAGGAAUCCCACCAGACCAACAGCGAUUGAUUUUUGCCGGAAAACAAUUGGAAGAUGGCCGUACUUUAUCUGACUAUAAUAUUCAGAAAGAAUCUACACUACAUUUGGUACUUCGUCUUCGUGGUGGAAUGCAAAUCUUUGUGAAAACAUUGACUGGUAAAACCAUCACUUUAGAAGUAGAAUCGUCAGACUCUAUUGAAAACGUGAAAGCUAAAAUUCAAGAUAAAGAAGGAAUCCCACCUGACCAACAGCGAUUGAUUUUCGCCGGAAAACAAUUGGAAGAUGGCCGUACUUUAUCUGACUAUAAUAUUCAGAAAGAAUCUACACUACAUUUGGUACUUCGUCUUCGUGGUGGAAUGCAAAUCUUUGUGAAAACAUUGACUGGUAAAACCAUCACUUUAGAAGUAGAAUCGUCAGACUCUAUUGAAAACGUGAAAGCCAAAAUUCAAGACAAAGAAGGAAUCCCACCAGACCAACAGCGAUUGAUUUUCGCCGGAAAACAAUUGGAAGAUGGCCGUACAUUAUCUGACUAUAAUAUUCAGAAAGAAUCUACAUUACAUUUGGUACUUCGUCUUCGUGGUGGAAUGCAAAUCUUUGUGAAAACUUUAACUGGCAAAACCAUCACUUUAGAAGUAGAAUCGUCAGACUCUAUUGAAAACGUGAAAGCUAAAAUUCAAGAUAAAGAAGGAAUCCCACCAGACCAACAGCGAUUGAUUUUCGCCGGAAAACAAUUGGAAGAUGGCCGUACAUUAUCUGACUAUAAUAUUCAGAAAGAAUCAACACUUCAUCUGGUACUUCGUCUUCGUGGUGGAAUGUAAAUCUUUGUUUAAACAUCAGAGUUUGAUUUGAACAUAAGCGAUUGAAUUUGUCAAAAAACAAGAAGUUUAUAUUAAAAUCAAUCCUUUGCACUGCACCUUUGAGGUGGUUUCCAAAGAAUCUAGUGUUUUUUACUAUAGAUUAUAUAAACAUUUUAAUUAUAUAAUAUAAUCAUAAAUAACAAAUUAAAA